AUGGUGAAUUCGGACGAUAGCGAGCCCGCACGGGUACAUAAUGAUGGCUAUGCCGUUGAGCAUAGCAGUGCUAGAGGCGACAGCACCGACACUACAGGAGCAGAAACAUUAUCGCGGGCAGUCGACUCACAAGCGAGCAGCUCAGCACCAGGGCAAGGAAGCAUCCGACAGGAAGAAUAUCCUUUGCCCAGCAAGAACUCAUCGUCGCUGUUUUACUACGAACCCCAAGGCGAGCUCAUACAGCACGCAGGUCGAAGUACAGACGAUCCUGAAAUCAGUAUUCCUCACCCCAUCUCCAGCUCUCGCGGCCAUUACACGACUCACGGGCAGGCAGCUGGCGCCAAUCCUGCUACGGCACUUCAAGGACCUACGGAGACUGCAUUAAACACUCUACCAUCAGAACGAGAUCACGAAGAGGAUCUUGAAUCAGCUCCACCGAAACGAGCCCACCGGGACAUGUCGACUUCGGACCAAGAAUUUAUGUACAGCAGUGCACCGUUCCAUCAGUCCCAACAACAUCCAACGGAAGGCAGUACAAGCUCAAUCAAUCAUCAACAACAAACCUUCAUCGACCCCAGUAUCACCAUGGUCCUUCCCGCUCGCAAAGUAUUUCCCAUCCAAAUAGGCGACAAACUAUUCCGCCUCUCAGGCGCCAGCAUUUCCAGCGAUGCACCUUCCUACUUCUCCCAAUUCUUCGAAGAGCAGAUGAAGAACAACGAAGGAGCCGAAAGCUGCCGCACGCUAUACAUCGACCGAGACCCUAAAACCUUCGAAGACAUUUCGUUACAUUUACAGGGCUAUCACAUUGAACCACGAGACGGCGCGCACUUUGUCAAGUUAUUCGCCGAUGCACAAUUCUUCAGCCUGCCACGGCUCACGGCACAGCUGUUUGCUUCGACAAUAUAUGUUCGUGUAGGAGAGCAAGAAUUUCGGAUUCCAAAGGACUUGUUCAGCAACCCGGGCGAUUCGCCAAAUUAUUUCUCUCUGGGAUUUUCGAGCUUUUUCUCCACGCCGACAGACAGGCUACCUGGUCUUUCGCAACAGUCACUAAUUCGACCUCCCAGUCUGUUACCUCCCAGUGUUCCCACGCGCUCGGCUCGAGUGUUCUUGGACCUGUUACAUCUACUUCAAGGGUAUGACCUUCACAUCAGGGACGAGGAGCACAGAGCCGAACUCCUUCGAGAUGCAAGGUACUAUCAUUUGAAGGGGCUGGAACAGCGUCUGAUCCCUCACCGCAUUGCUUUCAAUCUGAGACGUCAGAAAAGCGAGAUCCUGCUAAGACUACAGGAUGUUCACAAGAACGGCGUCGGCGUCGUGUCAGAUUGUGGUGCUGGCGGAGCUGCUGCAAUUCCAGGCUGGGUCUGCUACCAGCGGCCCUACGUUGACACAGAAGCCCAUAUUCUCAUUGUCGAGGUAAGUGGAGAAGAAAGCACGACCGUGGAGCUAGAACCUGCAGCCUCGUCAACAACAAAUGCUCGCAUGGCUCGAGUGACAUUACAUAACGAAACAACGAUCAUUCUUGGGCGUCUGCUUUGUGCAAUAGCAGAGAAGGUGAAACUACCUCAUAUUCAGCCCGUUGAGCCGAUAGCGACAGGGCGAACUGGAGCCUACAAUGGCAUCAAGAACCAAUCGCAGCAUAGUGCUCCGGCUCACAGCACGAUCAAAAUGCACAUUGGGCCAGACGCUGACGUCGUUGUUAAUGGUCACCGACAAGCGAUCGGCAACCAGAUCGAUACUGUCGAUGAAAUGGAUGUCGACGAUGCACAGCGGCCAGCGGCAAACGCCAGGAAAGUGAGGCAGGACGUGAACGCAAAUGCUAGCCAAGCAACCAAUUGGGUUGUGAGCAAGGCGCAAUGGCGACUGAGGGUACAGCCUAGGAAGAAUGGAUUCGAGGUCAUUCUUGACGCGGUCAAGAUCGAGGCGUGUUCCAACGAGAGAAGUCGUAACGCAGCGAGUGAUUUCCUCAUGUAG